AAACCCUAGCAGCCCUAGGGUUUCUCCGCCUCCACCCCGCCUCCUCUCUCCUCUCCUCCGAUGGGCAAGUCAAGCAAGAAGGCAGCGGCCGCGGCGCCGGCGCCGGCUGCGGUGCCCAAGGGGAAGGGCGCGAAGAAGCGGGAGGCGGAGGACGAGAUCGAGAAAGCAGUGAGCGCCAAGAAGCAGAAGGCGGCGCCGCCGGCGAAGGCCGUGCCGCCGCCGAAGAAGGACGGCAAGAAGGCGAAGCAGCAGCCUCCGCCCAAAAAGGUCGAGAGCAGCAGCAGCUCUGAGGAGGACUCGUCCGAGUCCGAGGAGGAGGUUAAGGUACAAUCCAAGAAGGCUUCCAAGCCUGUUAAACAAGAGUCUAGUGAUGACAGCAGCGAUGAGACCUCUGAAUCUGAUGAGGAACCUGCAAAGAAGCCUGCUGCUAAACUGCCGGCUCCGACUGUCAAUAAUGGUUCGAAGAAAGGCAAGCAAGAGAGCAGCAGCUCUGAGAGCAGUUCUGAGGAUGAUUCGGACGAUGAUGAUAAACCUGCUGCUCCCUUAAAGAAACCAUCUGUGACUGGUGCACAAAAGAAAAAGGAGGAAGCCGACAGCUCUGAUAGUGAUUCAGAUGAUGACUCGGAUGAGGAAGUGGCUCCCAAGUCUAAGGCCCCUGUUGCGGCUACCAAAAUUGAAGAUUCCAGUGAAAGUUCUGAGUCUGAGAGUGAUUCUGAGGAUGAGGAUGAAACUGCAAAAGCAGCUCAGCCUGCCAAGAGAACUGCUGCUGCCGCUGCUUCUAAAAAGAAAGAUGAAUCCAGUGAUACCUCAGACAGUGAUGAGAGUGAUGAAGAGCCUCCCCAAAAGAAGCAGAAGGACACAGCACCUUCCGCAGCUGUGAAAGCUGCCGCUGCAAAAAAGGAAAGCAGCAGUGAUGAUGAGGAUGACAGUUCUGAUGACGAGCCUAAAGCAAGUCAGCCAAAGAAGGCACCAAAAGCAUCGGCGAGCAGUGGCUCUGAAUCUUCUGAAGAAGAGAGUGAUGAAGACAGUGACGAGGAGGAUGAAGAGCCUGCUAAAACACCAAAGAAGGAAGCUCCUGCGCGCACCUCUGAAAAGCAAACUGCCACCAAAGAACCUAAAACGCCUGUGAGCACCCAAAGUCAAGUAACAGGGUCAAAGACCCUUUUUAUUGGAAACAUUUCAUUCAAUGCUGAUUUCGAGCAAGUGAAAGAAUUUUUUCAGGAGGCUGGUGAGGUUAUUGAUGUUCGUUUGGCUUCCCAUGAUGAUGGCACUCCUAAAGGGUUUGGUCAUGUUGAAUUUGCUUCAGUUGAAGCUGCCAAGAAGGCACUUGAGAUGAAUGGUAAAGAGCUGCUGGGCCGUCCAGUGAGACUUGACAUAGCUCAUGAAAGAGGUGCAUACACUCCUCGCAGUGGGAACGACACUGGAUCUUUCCAGAAGCCUAGGGACUCCAGCCACUCUGUAUUUAUCAAGGGUUUUGAUAAAUAUCUUGGAGAGGACAAGAUCCGAAGCUCUCUUGAACAACAUUUUGCUGAAUGUGGCGAGAUAACAAGGGUCUCAAUUCCGAUGGAUUUUGAUAGUGGUGAAAGCAAAGGAAUAGCAUACAUAGAUUUUAAGGACCAGGACUCUUUGUCAAAAGCACUUGAACUCAGUGGUUCUGACCUUGGCGGCUGGAACUUGUAUGUUGAUGAGGCAAAGCCUAGAGGGGAUAGCCGCAGUGGUGGUGGUAGAUCUGGUGGCAGAUUUGGUGAUCGGUCUGGUGGCAGACACAGUGGUGGCCGAUCUGGUCGAUUCGGUGGCAGGGAUGGCGGUGGCCGAUCUGGUCGAUUCGGUGGCAGGGAUGGUGGUGGCAGAUUCGGUGGUGGACGAAGCGGUGGUAGGGGUGGUUGGGGAUUUUCUAACAGGCAGAGUGCUGGCACAGCUAGUGCAGGAAAGAAGACAACAUUUGGCGAUGACUGAAGCACACAUUUUGAAUCAUAAAAUGACCUGUUGCAUCUCUAUUUGAACUUUUAAGAAAUUUUUGCUUACCCUUUUGGUGUUAAAUCCGCACUCAUUAUGUAAUGGUUGUGCCAGUGCACAAAUGACGGUUAUAUUUUGUUGGCAAUAUCAAUUUCGAUUGUUUUAA